AUGGUACUGCUGGGCCCAACAGCUGGCGCAGUCAGGAAGCUGUUAUGUGUGUGUGAGCGAUAUGCCAAUAGUCUGGGCCUCGUGUACAAUGUGAAAAAAAGUGUAUACUUGGUUUUUGAGACGGCAGAUGGGAAGGUGCCGCAAAAUCCGGUCUUAACUUUAAAUGGAUUACCGUUAGCCAGGGUACAUACAUUUAAAUACCUGGGACACUUCCUUACCUCGGAUCUCAGAGACGAAGUAGAUAUUGACAGGGAACGCAGGGCGUUGGCGGUACGUGGCAACAUGUUGAUUCACAGGUUCGCUCGUUGUAGUAAGGAGGUUAAAAUUACACUAUUUAAAUCUUACUGCCAAUCCUUCUACACGAGCAGCCUGUGGAUGAGACAUACUAAACGAUCGCUUGACGCCCUGCGUGUGCAGUAUAAUAACUGUUUCAGGAUGUUGUUGGGACUGUAG